AGAAGACAUGGCAUUAUUGAUUUGCUCAGGCAUGUUAGGCCUACGCCAUCUUUUAUCGACUAGACCUAUCAUUGCCUAUGCUAGACUUUGACCUACAUCCACGCCGGCGCCGGUUUUUUUAUUUAUUCGCCUCAAAAUCGUCCUAAUUAUGGCUUUUUCCUCGGGCCAACUGGUUAGAACCUUUGCUACAUCAAGUGUGGCAAAAGCUGCAAUCAGAAAUGUAACUGUUAUUGGAGGCGGAUUGAUGGGAUCCGGUAUUGCACAGGUUGCAGCCCAAACAGGCCACCAGGUUACGCUAGUUGAUAUCUCCGAUGAGGUUCUCCAGAAAUCUAAGUCGAACAUCACAAAAUCUCUACAGAGAGUUGUGAAGAAAAAGUUUGCAGACGAUCAGCAGAAAGGAGAGAGCUUCCUCACAGAAACACUUGCUCGCCUACACACAGAAACAGAUGCCAAUAAAGCUGCCGCAAGUUCAGAUCUGAUAAUUGAGGCUAUUGUCGAAAAUUUAGAAGUAAAAAAGAAAUUAUUUGGUGGAAUGGACAAGACAGCACCCCAGCACACCAUUUUUACUAGCAACACUUCGUCCCUACCAAUUGGAGAUAUUGCCAGAGCAACAGAAAGGAUGGAUCGCUUUGGAGGGCUUCAUUUCUUUAACCCUGUACCAGUUAUGAAACUUCUAGAGGUGGUAAGAAUUCCUGAAACAAGUGACGCAACAUUUAAUACGCUUCUUGAGUUUGGAAAAGCCAUGGGAAAAUCUACUGUCAACUGUAAAGAUACACCAGGAUUUAUAGUGAAUCGCCUUCUUGUUCCAUACCUGAUGGAAGCAGUAAGAAUGUAUGAGAGAGGUGAUGCAAGCUGUAGAGACAUCGACACUGCAAUGAAAUUAGGUGCUGGUUACCCAAUGGGCCCGUUUGAAUUGGCCGAUUAUGUUGGUUUAGACACAUGCAAGUUUAUCAUGGAUGGUUGGCAUGAAGCUAUGCCAGACGACCCACUUAUGAACCCAUCGCCACUACUGAUGAAGCUUGUGGAGGAAGGAAAAAUGGGCAUGAAAUCUGGCCAAGGAUUUUAUGAUUAUAGUAAAGGCAAAUUAUAGCAGUGAGGAUGAUAGAGUGACUCAACCACUCUCUUGAUUACAUUAUACAAUUAUAGAGAGUGGUCGGAACUGGCCAAUAGUGGUUAUGUUACACACUGGCCACCUGGCGGGAGUGUGGGGACAACGCAUAUAGCAGAAGUUGGUCGUCGAUUUUUCAACAUGGAAUAUUUUAUUGAAUUAAAUCUGCUUGUUCAUACUAAAAAUCAAAUUUGUUUAAUUAAUGACUGAAGCAGACAACUUAUAUGAAAAACUAACUGAACUUUCAGAUUUGAUCUCUGAUAUGAAGAGUGCUAUAUUCUGAUAGUGAUACUUCUUGGCAUGUGUGCAUGAAUUAUUGGAUAGAAUGAAAUAUUUAUGAACAUCGAGCAGUCUGGGGAAAGGCUGAUUAGAUUAAAUUUGUGUGGCUUAGUACUUCCCACUAUGGCAGAUAUGUACUUGAAAUUGAUGGCACAUAAAAAAAUAUUGACCAUCUACACAAGAAUCCAAUCUGGUCACUGAGUAUUUAUGUUAAUUGAUUUUAGUUUUAUAGUAAUUGUAAACUGAAUGAAAACCAUGUGUCUUGUGUCUCAUGAAAUACAGUGAUUUUAGUAUUUGUAUUAAUUGAUUGAAGUAUUAUUUUAAUUGAAAACUGAUUGAAAACCAUGUGUCUUGUGUCGCAUGAAAAAAAGAAUUAUUUUAGUAUUUACAUUAAUUGAUUUUAGUAUUAUAUUAAUUGUGAACUGAAUGAAAACCAUGUGUCUUGUGUCUCAUGAAUGAAAUAAAGAGUUCUCUUAGUAUUUAUA